AGUCAUCUUAUUGUGAGGUACAGCAGACAAACUAUUUCAUAAUGGUAGGGGUACCGGUUUUAACUGUUCUGAUUUCAUGUCUUGGAAUAUUGUCUGCAAAUGCAGCAACUGUCAAACCAAAGGUAACUGUUACUCCAAAUAUCAAGGAGGGCCAGGUAGACUCCUCAGUUAAAUGCCCUAAUGGAUUUGUGAGAUAUGAGGAAUCCUGCUACAGCUUUCACUCGGAGGCAUUCUCCUGGCCAGAGGCGCUGGUGUUUUGUAGUACAUUCAAAAACACUCUGGUAACCCUGAGAUCAACUGCCCAGUAUGAAUUUCUGCAAGGCAUUUUAGCAACUAUCACAGGUGGGUUCACUGCUGCAGGAUUUUGGACAGCCGGAACAGCAGCAGACCUUCCAGGUGAAUGGAAAUGGGCUACCAACAAUAGGGACAUUGAAUUUGACACGUUUAAUGCCACAGACCCAAAUAAAGCUACUCUAGGAUUCUCUACAAAACAGCGAAGUGGAUGCCUGGCCCUUGCCAAGGCCGUUGGAUUCCGAGUCUCCAGGAUGGAUUGCAAGACUCCGCUGCACUUUGUUUGUGAACGUCUUGAUCCAUACUAAAGCAUGGACUACAAUCAUGACUGGAUUACUUGUUUGCUGAUAUAUGAAGGGUAGCAUGUCUUGCUUUGAAGUCAAAUUAUGGAUUACAUUUUUUUAAAAUUAUUAUCAUAUACCGUGAUGCUCAUAUGUUCACCUUUCAGUGAUGCAUGUCUUUCUGUCUGUCAUAUACUGGUUCGUCAUCUUAAUGUUUCAAAGUGAUAAUCAAAUGUAUGUCUGGGAAUUGUGGAAUUUUCAGUUCUUCAUAAUUGUAACGUUGACUACAUGUAAUACAUUAUAUGAGAAUAGAUACUAAUAAGACAUUUUUUAAACAAAAAAAAUCAUUGUAAAACUCCCAAAAGUGUACCAGUCACAGUAUUCCGAAUUACUGAGCUUGAAUUCAAAAAUGUUCAUAAUACUUUGUAAUAGUGACUUUAAAAUUUAAAAUCUUAAUCAUGAUUCAUGAUUCACUUUUCAUCAAUCAUAGAAAAUUGACAAUCAGGACCCUAUGUGGAUCUUAAUAGACAAAAUGUAUGUUAUGUUAUUUUAUAUAACAAUAACAUGUUAAUUUUUUUUAAUAUAUAUUUCUUUAAGAGUCCAAAAUUUUCUUUGUAUUAAAUACUUAAAAUAAGUAUGCAAGUACUAUUUCUUGUGAAAAAAAAAAUGUCCAACGACUGUAUAACAUCCUAACUGUUUUCUAGCUUAUAUUUUUUGUAUCUCAUUUUAUUAUCAUAAUGCACAAUUUCUCU